ACAACACCCAAACACCACGACUGCGGAGCCCACCCCACCACUACGGUCACUCAAACACCAAUGCUAGGUCUAUAGCAACCUCUAGACAUUCCAAUUGGCUUUUGACUCUUGUCUGACUCAAAAUCGCCAUGUUUUCGUGGAUUACAGGUCCUCGAAUCACCAAUGUGGUGGAAGACCUCCAGUCUGCUCACGUAGAUACCACGUACAUCGACCCCCCCGAUACUCCCGCGCCCGUCUUCGCCGUCAAAGCCUUCAAACAAGCACUCUUCGGAACACCUCAUCCCGACCAAACUGAACAGAAAGCUGCGGCCUCGAAUAAGAAUGGAGAAUCUAGGACAAACCAGCUCAAGGAUUCCAAACCGCGUUUGGUUCCUGUAGAAGCGAAUGGAAGCCGCGAAGCCGCGCCAGUCCUGUCUCCAGUCAAGAAUGGCAUCCUGAUGACGCCCGGAACUGCGGCCAAAGGCCGCAAAACAGUGUCGUUUGGUGCUCAGGUCGCGGAAAAUGCAGGAAAGAAAGGUACAAAGACCGGAAAAAGCGGCAUACCCAACGAUUGCCCAGGCAAAUUCCCAAGUCCGUGGACGCCUGGGACUGAGCUCCUAGCCCAGUCUGACAAGAAACCUCGAACCAAGCUUACUGCUGCUCUGUACGACGCGCGAGACUCUAUUCAGACGAAGACGACGACAAAACCGAGAGCCAAGGAUGACCAGGAUCUCACGCUGGAUUACAUGGAGCCCCGUUCUGCGUCUGGCAAGUACUGGAAGGAACAGUUCAUGUCCUACUCGCAACAGAGCGAACAUGAAAUGAGGAGGCUUAUCAAGAAGGAGCAAAUAGCUAGAAGUUUCGCAAGGAAGAAGGACGGGGAUGCCACAGAACUGACACUCAAGCUUGAAGAGGAGCAGGAACGGCACAGGCAACAGGAGAAGACUCUAGAGGAGCAAAUGAAGGACUACCAGGAGCGCUUGCGGCAGGCUAUGGCAGAGAACGCUAGGGCCAGCAUGGAGAUUUCAAUGCUCAAACAGCAGCUUGCGGCCGCUCAGCAGAAGGAUCCUGUGAAGCCAGAGGUCCAGACCAAGAACACUAUCCGUGUACAUGAGGAUCCCACCGAAUCUGUUGCCAGGGAAUACCGCAAAACGAUCCUGACGAAGCCCGUCCUUACCGCGAGCCGUAAGGAAGACAGCGCCGAGAGUCCAUCGGCCUCAGCUAGACCGCGACGUCCACGCCGCUCGACCGCCCCUGAGUCCAAUCACCCAACUCCAUCCGCCUCUGGUAUUCAGCCAAAGUCAAACACUCCGCUCAGUGUCCGCUUGCCGACUACUAUCAACAAGGAGAACCUUCCACCCAAGUCUCCCUCAGGCCUCGCACUCCCUUCUUCGUCUGACUGCUGGAUGCCUUCCAGCCCCAUGGACAUGGACCGCAUGGCAUUGCCCAUCUCCAGCGCACCGCUCCCUGCUCGCUCGAACAGUACUUCCAAGGUCGAGCGCUCCGGUAGAAUAAGGCACUUGAAUCUUCGCAAGGUGUCGAUGAGUGGAGAACCGAGGUCAGACAGUCUCCGUCAAAAGACAGCCGACCCGGCCAGUCUGCGGGAAAAGAUUUCAGCAGGUGGAGAGACCAGACCACAGAUCAGACCAGAUAGUCUGCAGGUGAAGACGAAUUCUACAAGCUCGAGACGUGGUCCGGUUGAUGAAGACCGAAAGCGGGCAGCGAAGGAGAGGUUGCAGCGAAGGAAGGCUAACCAAGGGGUGGAGAGCCGUUCCUCAUGAAUGACCAGAGCCAUGCAGACGUUUUUGGAGUCUAGGGGAUUAUUCACUUCUUGGGUUUCUCUAUUAGGGUUAUUGGAUUGAAGACUAUUCAGCGAUGGCGUUUGAAAAGGUAUAUCUAUUCUCUUUAGCAUGGCAGUAUCAAGCUUCUCAUGGGAGCUGCGGAGAAUCAGAUUCUUAGUUCAACGUCG